ACAGGCUAUAAAAGGCAUCAAGAAACAAGAAGAAUAUCAACCAACAACAUUACAUACCUCUAAGCAAAGAAAAUGGCAGGUUUUCAAGCUUUGGCAAUGGCUGUUUUUGUGUCUGCAAUCGCAUUCCAUUCCUCCGUGGUUGAUGGGAAGUUCUCGAAAAGCAUGUAUUUCAAUUGGGGUGCUCACCAUUCCUCGAUUCUUGGCAAUGGCGAUGAGCUCCGCCUUGUUUUGGACAAAACUUCAGGAUCCGGUGUCCAAUCGAAGAGGGCGUUCCUAUUUGGAAGCAUCGAAAUGCUGAUCAAAUUGGUUCCAGGAAACUCUGCUGGAACUGUAACAGCCUAUUAUUUAUCGUCCACAGGUGCCAAUCACGAUGAGAUUGACUUUGAGUUCUUGGGGAACUCAACCGGAGAGCCGUACACGGUGCACACAAACAUCUACACUCAAGGUCAAGGUAACAGAGAGCAGCAGUUCCAAUUAUGGUUCGACCCAACUGCCGAUUUUCACAACUACACCAUCCACUGGAAUCCUACUGAAAUUGUAUGGUAUGUCGAUAGCCUGCCGAUUCGAGUCUUCAAGAACUAUCAGAGUGAAGGGAUUGCAUACCCUAGCCAACAAGGGAUGCGAGUCUACUCCAGUUUGUGGAAUGCUGAUAACUGGGCCACAAGAGGUGGGCUAGUCAAAAUCGACUGGACGGCUGCACCUUUUGUGGCUAAUUACCGUAGGUUCAGGGCUAGAGCUUGUAAGUGGGACGGACCUGUUAGCGUUAGCCUGUGUGGCUCGACCACCCCAGCCAACUGGUGGACAUCUCCGGCUUACAAGCAGUUGACCAUCAGCCAACAGGGUCAGCUGAAAUGGGCAAGAGAUAACCACAUGAUCUACAACUACUGCACAGAUUACAAGCGUUUUAACGGCCAGAUGCCACCUGAAUGCUCUAAGCCACAAUACUAACAGAGGAAGAUCAAACCUCAUUUCCAAUUCAUUGAAUAUUGAUUCUUUUAAAGCAUUCCAUUUUAUAUACAUUUCAAGUUCCUUUUGUUGCCCUCAAGUUUCUUUCCCUUCUUGUACUAAGCAUAUUGAUAAAAAUAUCAUUUUCUGUAUUGUAAUUCAGUGAUUCAAGCUAUCAGAUUGAUUAAAAC